AUGCGUAAAACUCGUAAAGGUUGUGUUUCAUCGAUUAAAUCAUUAUCUUUGCGCCAAAAUACGAACUUUUCUAAUCGAAAUGCCCUUCAAAAAUUUAAACAAUCAGGUAUAAAUGACAAGGAAGGAGAUAAAGUAGAUGUGGAUUCGCAAGAUGAAAUUGAUCAACAAGGAGAGCUAUGA